UUUCAUUGAUAAUGUGGCGGAUUUUCUGUAGCCGUAAAUCGUAAUGCCCCAUGCCUGCCGCAUUACUUGGUUCUCUAUUCAAUUGUGACAUUUUUUUACUGUUGAUCAGUAUUGAAGAUUAUAUUUAAAAAUAAAUAUCAAUAAAAACAUAUGAAAUAUUUUAACAAGUUAUCCAAGCAUAUCUAUUGCAUUAAAAGAAAUAUGUCUUCUUUUAAAUUAAUUUUAUGGGAAAAUUCAAUGUUUGUCAACUGUUUGAUUCCAAUGGGAGAGACCAAACAAAAAAUUAUGGUAACUCUACCAUCACCAUUUAACAAAUUAAAAACAAUAAAUAUGUGUCGAAGUCCAGAAGAUACAAUUCAAGUAUUUGUUGAUAGACUUGUUUUAAAAUUAUCACAAAGUCAACGCAAAGUUAGUGAACAAGAAAAGCUUAAUACAUGUUGGGUCUUUUUAUUAGCGAAUGGAAUCAAAGUACCUCCUACUUCUAAGUGUUAUGAAAUAUUUGAGAAAAUUAAAGAAAAUAUAACGCUUCAAAUUAAAGAUCAGACUUAUAAAAUAAUAGUUAAUGCACCAUUAAUUAAGGAAUUUAAAUUGGGAUAUCCUCCAUAUCAAGGACUAAUGAUAUAUCCCUAUGCACUCGAUCAGGGAUUUAAUGUAUCUGUUAUGGAUACUCAGUAUUUAUGGUACAGAAUUAAUUCAAAAGAUGAAACAGAAGUGGGCAAUAAAAUGACCUAUACACCAACUGCUGAGGAUGUUAAUUGUCGUCUAAAAUUGGUGUGUAUUCCUUUUAAUGAUGAAGGCCAACCAGGACCUAAAGCAGAAAUAACAUCUUCGGCAGUCUUAAAAAAUACCAUUCAACUCUAUCCAUUUGAAAAGAGGUUAAAAACUAAGCCACUUAAUAGUAUUAGAGUUGUAACAUACAAUUUACUGGCUGGAGAAUACACAAAAACUAAGGAAGCAAAAACUGUAAUGUAUCCUUAUUGCCCAGAAAAAAUUUUAGCAUCCAGUUAUCGGCACCCUCUUAUUUUAAGAGAACUUCAAACGUACAAUGGAGAUAUAAUUUGCUUGCAAGAAGUGGAUAAACAUUUUUUUCAUAGAGAGUUAUGUCCUAUAUUAAAAAAAUUCAAGGGCAUGAAUGGAUUAUUUUUUAAAAAGAAUGGCCGUAGGAAUGAAGGUCUGAGUUGUUUUUAUUCUCCUGAAAAAUUUAAUUUAUUAGAACAAUUUGAUAUUAGUUUAAACAACCCAACUACUGUGGAAUUAUACUGUGGACCUAUUGUAAAAGACAUAAUGGAUGAUGAAAUAUGGAAACAAGGAUUAGAAAAAAAAACUGUUUUCCAAGUCCUAGCUUUUGAAUUGAUUUCUGACAAAAAACAAUUAUUCUUAGUAUGCAAUACUCAUUUGAUAUCUGAUCCAGAUGGUGAUUUUAUAAGAUUGUUUCAAGCUUUGAUUGAACUAAUUAUUAUUAAUAAAAUAAAACAAAAUAUAAAUAAAGAUUAUCUUGGACGUAAUGUAUCUGUUAUAUUCUGUGGAGAUUUCAACAGUACACCUGAAAGCGGCGUCUAUGAUUUAGCCACCAAAUUAACAUUACCAGAAGAACAUAGAACGGUAAAAAUAUUGAACGAUUUAAAAAAUAAUCUUGAAUUUAAGAUGGAAAGUGCAUAUAAUACUGAUGUUCUGUACAGUAAUUAUACCAAAACUUUUUCCGGACUUUUAGAUUACAUAUAUUUUACUAAUCAACAUCUUGAGCUUAUUCAGGUGUUAUCCAUGCCAUCACAUGAUGAUGUUAUUCAGCACGGUGGAAUUCCGAGUUUAUUAUUUCCUUCAGAUCAUUUAGCUUUAAUUGCAGACCUCAAAACAAAAUAAUGUAUACUAUGUAUAUUUUCAAAUAUUUUUUUAUUUUAUAUUUUUUUUUUUGAAUAACAUUUUCAAUAGUACCUUUUUUUAAGUUUAUGGAAUAUUUUUUAUAGUGAUAUAAUAGCCAUAUAAUUUGUAAAUAUUAGAAAUCCAAUUUGUUCCUAUUUUAUACCACAUUCAUAUUAGUUCCUGUGUGUAUAAAUAUAUGGUCUGGAUUUAAAUUGUAUACAAAAAAAUCUUCAUUUGUAAUCUUGUUGCUCAUUUUUCCAUUUAUUAUUUUACUAAUUUGGCAUAUCUGUGUUUCAUAAAUCACAAUAUUCAUUUUUAACUAAAAUUAAUUUUUAUAUAAUAUGUAAUAUAUGAAACUUGUAUGCAUUUAUUCUAAAUUAAGUAUAUAUAAAAUAGGCAAUUAUAAAGUUUAACAUUAGCAUCUAUGAGGCAAAGUUUUUUUGUAUAUAUUAUUAACGAGAUGUGAAUCUGAAAAAAAUGAAUUAUUUAAGAAAAUAUUUGUUUACUCUCACACCCACGUGAUUCAACACAUUGAUUAAGAUACAAAUUGUUUAUAAAGGAAGUUA